AGUGGGGGUGGAUCCGUUUCCUGCUGCCGCCGGGAUGGAGUCCGAGCCCAUGGCCGGUGCCACGGAGCUGGAGCGGUGGCUCAACAAAGCCACUGAGCCAGGUAUCCCUGAGGAGAACUGGGAAUGCAUCCAGCGGUUCUGUGACCAGGUGAACGCUGACACGGACGGCCCAUUGCUUGCACCGAGGCUGCUGGCACAUAAGAUACAGUCACCUCAGGAGAUGGAAGCUCUCCACGCACUCACAGUGCUGGAGACCUGUGUGAAUAACUGUGGUGAAAGGUUUCACAGGGAAAUAACAAAGUUCAGGUUUCUGAAUGAGCUGAUCAAAGUGCUGUCCCCAAAGUACUAUGGAACCUGGUCUUCAGCAAAAGUCAAGUCAAGAGUCACAGAAGUGAUAUUCAGUUGGACAGUCUGGUUUCCUCAGGAAGUUAAAAUUCGGGAUGCUUAUCAAAUGCUGAAGAAACAAGGGAUUGUAAAAGAAGACCCCAAAUUGCCAGAAGACAAAAUUUUGCCUCCCCCUUCUCCGAGGCCUCAGAAUUCUAUUUUUGACACAGAUGAAGAGAAAUCCAAGCUCUUGGCAAGGCUUCUGAAGAGCAACCACCGUGAGGACCUGCAGGCUGCCAACCGACUGAUCAAGAGCAUGAUCAAGGAGGAACAAGAAAAGUCAGCUCAGGUGUCCAGAAGAGUGAACACCAUCAGUGAGGUUUCUGAGAACAUUAAAUGUAUGGAUGAGUUAUUAAAAAACUACAAGAGACAGGAACUAUCCAGAUCUGACCAGGAGGCCCUACAGACUCUGUUUCAACGCUGUGAGAAGCUCAGACCACUGCUCUUUCGCCUUGCCAGUGAGACAGUGGAUGAUGAUGAGGCUUUAGCUGAGAUACUGCAGGCCAAUGACAAGCUCAUCCAGGCACUUGGACAAUACAGGCAGGUUGUAGCCAGCCGUGAAGAUGGGGCUGGGGGAGGUCCAGUCACCAGCUCUAUGGAUGCACCAGCACACCAGCCACCCCAAAGGCGCAUGAAGAGCUACACCCUGAUUGACUUCUCCGAGCUGGAGGCGACAUCCCAGUGUGCCACAGACCAGUCUGCAAACACAACCACCACCUCCUGCCACAGCAGCACCACCUCUGCCUGUCUGCUUGAGGAGGAGCUGAAGUCAUUAGGUCUCAGCAACUCUCCACCUUCUGAUUUUGGCUUUGCAGAGACUGCUGUAUGCAAUGGGUAUGGUGAAGUUGUAAGUGCUGCUCAAACACUGGGACUGCAGGAGGGCUGGGAUGACCCCUGUUCAGAGAAGAACGCACUUCAGGGCCUGUUUGAUCAGCUCUCUCCACCCUCCAGCAGCAGGACAUUAUCUUGGGAUUUAUCACCAAUGACAUUGCCCUUCCCAGAUCUGCCAAAUAGCUCAAUGGCAGAUACCUCAUUCUCCAGUCUAGACUACGAGCUGAAGCCUGCUGCCUCUUUGCAUCCAGCUUCCCACGAUGCUUCUCUAGAAAACCUUUUUGUCCCUUUAAUUUCAAUUACACCGAGUAGUAUCUGUCCACUUACUGUGUUCGAUAGGAAUGGUUUCAAGGCUAUGCUCCACUUCUCCAGAGACCCUGCUCCUGGCCGACCAGACGUGCUGGUGAUGGUUCUUUCCAUGCUGAGCACAUCAGCUCAGCCGAUUAAGGACAUCAUGUUCCAGGCUGCAGUCCCAAAGACCAUGAAAAUAAAGUUACAACCAGCCUCUGGUUCCGAGCUGCCUGCCUUCAGCCCUCUUCGCCCCCCUGCUGUGCUAUCCCAGGUGCUGCUGCUCUCCAAUCCACACAAGGAUCCCAUCCGGCUGAGGUACAAACUCGCAUUCACCCAAGGCAUGCAGCCCUGCAGCGAGGUGGGAGAGGUGACCGGCUUCCCGGAGCCAGAGCUCGGCGGCAGCAGCUAGAGUUCAGCAGGCUUGGACAUUGCCAUGGAGCCUUAGCUCUGUGUGUGGGGAGGGACUACAUGCCAGCAGGGCCGGCCUGCCCCCUGGUAUGGAGCGAUCUGCCAUGUCCUGCUUCCUUUUGGGUUUUGGGUCGUUAUUCGGCAGGAGGGAUGUAAGCUGCCUGCUCCUGCCAUGGCCUUUCACUGGAGCUGACCCUGCUUUACAGAAGGCUGCUGCAGAGCCCUGCAGCCUCACUGCCGCUUCCAGCCAAACCUUUCCAGCUGCUUCCUGGGCCAAUUA